AUGUGCACACUGACGCUUGAUAUAGACGUUGUAUUUCAACUAGUUGGGAGUGCGACAAAGAGCAUUCCAGGCACAGCCUAUGGAGUUCUCUUAGGGGCACGAUCCUCAGAAACCGAGACGCGAGCCAGUGAAUUCCUUCAGGUCUCACGUCUAGGGGACAACACGGCCCCUCUGCAGUCGACUCUCCGUGCAUUGUGCGGUGACAGCGACCCUGUGGCUUACUUUGUGACGGUUCCGGACCACCUCUACCUUCGUGACGAUACGUUUCAAAACACAUGCAAGAACUGCGUCAGAAACCUCGUAGAAGGUAACUGCGUUGUUGAUUUUGUUUUCCUAUUGACGCUAGACCCAUAUAUGCUAGAGUUUGGUAUAUUGGACUUUAAGGCCUUUACAUUGGACGCAGAGACAAAGGAAUUUGUCGAAGCAUCCGUCGAGAUCAGCUCAGACUCAUACGAGAUGAAACAACUUUUGACUUUGCUGAGAGAUACUCCAGGGGCCGAAUUUCUCGUGAAGUCGCCUUUGCCGAAUUGCAAUGCACUAACAGAGACGCUAGAAACGUACAAAAAGCUAAUGCAAGAACAUAGCAAUAAAAUUAUUAAAAAGGCGCUUCAAGAUAAGCUGAAUGUACUCCGCAAAGUGAAGGAUAGCAUACUAGCGUUUUUGGGCCAAUGA